ACUUGUGUCUGACAAGUUGUACUAUCGGCCUGCUCAGACAUUUCUUCAGGCCCAGGCUAAUCAGUGAAGUUCACAGCUUCUGUAUUGAACGGGAACAACACCAUAGGCGAUGCAUAUGAUGUUGCUCCUGUUCAAUUUAAGCCUAUGACCCUUUCUUUGACCUGUUGAGCCACGCGGUCACAUGGUUCUGUGGCUUGGCCAUAACGCGACUCGACGCGCUGUGACCUUUGUUCUCGUAUAUGAUUGUCACGCGUCGGUGUAGCAAGUUCCCCCUCACUUCAUACCGUCAUCUGCAAUGGCCAACAUCCCUUCAACAACGUCUCAAAUGACCUCCAGGCCUUCCUGGAUGCGACACUUUGGUCCCAUCACAGACCAGUCUAUCUCCCAUUUGACGCAUUAUGCGUCGGCUUCCUCAUCCUCACACUUCUCAUACGGGGCCAUAGAGGAUUUUAUUGACCCAAGGCUACGAGAGGUCGACACUCUACUUGCCGACGAAUGCCUCGAUCUACAAGACGGCGACGUUCUCAUCGACAUCAUCCUCAAACGCCCCACCCGACACGAUUUCAGUGAAGGUUUCCAAGAGCCAAAACACCAGAAUAGCUGUGAUCUUUUUGACAUUGUUCCCUCCUUGACACGGAGCACCAAAAAUACAAUAUUGCCAUCGAACCCACCGGCAUUCCGUAACUGGACCUCCUCUGAUACACAGAGUUCAGGUUCUCCGCCUCCAAUGUCUCCCUGCGUCGACCCUUCUAAGAUCUCUGCUCCCUCUUCAGAUUCUGAAUCACACACGUCAGGGCCCGGUUACAAACGUUGUAGCGUUCCUGGAUGUGGCGUCGUAUUGCCCCUCAUUGUGCGGGUACUGGAAAACCACAGCGCUAUUCAUAGGCCGAAGAAUCAUGACGCUUAUGCACCCUGCCCUUGGCCUGGAUGUGAAUCGAGGCCGCUCAAAGCGGACUCCUUCCGACGCCAUCUAGCUAUUCAUUUUGAGACGUUUCUCACCUGUCCAUAUUGCGACAGACCGUUCGCGAGGAAGGACAGCCUCGCUCGACACUUUAAUAAGACUUGUCCUGAAAAAGAGAACACCGAUCGUGAAGGUUCUACUCUUAAGUACACGAAACCCUCUCCUAGGAAGCCGGCACGUCGAGUUGGAGGCAAACGCGCGAGGGCGGUGGAUGAAUCAUCUGAUGACGACGGAGAUGAUGAUGACUACAAGCCUGCCCCCAAACGGCAGCGGACACGACAGUCUCGAAAAUGAACUAUCUAUAUCGAUAUGAACCACUGCUUCCUAUACUCUCGAGAACCUUUACUCUUCAGAUCACUAUUCACCUCCUCUCUACUGUACUUUUUAGUGUACUUUCGAGGUUAAUCGAUGCUUGCUAUUGCAAUAUCACUGGACAUUGAGAUACAAUAAUAAUAAACAAUACAG